AUGGGUAAGGAAAAGAAAAAAGGCUCAUCAGUCAGAUUGGCGGAGAGUGUUGCUCUCCUAUCCAUCCUCGACCAGGUUCCCGGAGCCGCCCUGCUUCAUGCCGUCCCGAAGAGACCUAAUGAUACGGAUGGCAGAUCGUUGUCUAUCGAGCAAGAAGUUGAGAUCUGCACAAGUUUGAGUUUCAUAGCUGGGAUCAGUGAUGAAGCAUGUGAUGUCAUGGCCGUAGCGGUCGAGGAGCGCCAAGAUCCCCGAAGGAUUCACAUCAAAGUUGCGAUCAACAAGUCAAUCUCGAGUGACGGAGAGGAAAUAUUGCAGAAAGUUAUAGAGGGGUUCAAAGGAAUCUUUGGGAGUCUAACCAAAGUUGCAAACGACGACUCUAACAUCAAAUCCAGUCAAAUUCUGUGCGAUAUCAUCGAUGUUUCUCGCGAUAGGAUCCUGAAGCGAUUGCGUUCAGCGAAAAUCAAAUCAAGUUCACGACAAACUGGAAAACCGACACUGCUGGCAAUGCUCAAAACAUUUAUUGUUGCGGUCGAGUCAGAUAAACAAAACGCGUUAUUUCAGCAGUGCUCCCACCAUGCAAAACAGCUGGUGGCCAAGCUGGAAGCUGUCGAAGAAACGGCACCCGGAAUCAAAGAAAAGAAAUGCCUACGACGGUUGAUUGACGCAGUUGGACGCUUUUUGGACUUGAUAGAUAUGAAACAAGUACUGCUUCAGCUCAAGAACCAGCACACAAAGCUCUUGGACCCAAACACAGGAGAUGCAAUAUUGGACAGACUUAAGAAGAUCGCCCACUACCAUUCAGUCGCCAUCUGUCUUUUCGAGUAUGCGAAGAUCAAGGAGGUAUUUAAAAGCUCCCAGGUUGAGGCGAUUUCUCAACUUCCGGGGCUGAUUCCUGCAAAUCAUGUAUCCACCGACCUGGCAUAUGCACUCAAUUCCAUUUCGUUACCUUACGAUGCCCAAAACACUCUAGUACAAAAAAUCAAGAUCCAAAAGAAGGCAUACCGGAACUAUGAUCCUACCGAGAAAUUCUCAGAGACUGUCAAGAGAACUUUGUCUUCAGGGAAAGUACAUGCCGAAGUCCAACUUAUGUUCCACUACGAAAUGACUCAGCCAAGUCUCCGCCCUCGCACCAUCGUAUCAACCAAGAGCGCAUGCUUCCUAUGCAAUACGCUGUUUCGACUUCAUGGAAAAUAUCACAUUCCUAGUACCCAUGGAAAGCUAUAUCCGGGGUGGCUUCUUCCCAGCAAUGCGGGUCAAUUGUCGACUACUCUCACCGAACAGUUGAAUACAGUGGUUCAGGGGUACAACAGGAGGAUAGCAGAAAAGCUCUUAUCUAAUACCCAAAGAGCCAGAUUUUAUAGUGGGAACGAAAGCAUCGUCUAUGAACUGGCUGUGCGACUCCCAGCACUUGCCGGCUCUGUUAUCUCAACAGUAGCUUCCUCCAUCAGACAGGCAAGUAGACUGUCUGCGUAUCCAAGGUCGAGCACGUCUAUCGAGACCAUUCGUCCCUUCGGAGCGAACAGGAACGAGUCAAAUGUCACUCGGGUGCCCGAGAUCAGCCGGGAACCCAUAUCAGGCUUGGAAUCUCUGCCCCGACAAUCUCAGCAGAUUGUAAUAUUGUCGGCACAUCAUCCCAGCUCUAUCAUCUCACAGUCUAGUACCGUAGGUGGUACACCAAUUGGCUGUGAUGAAUCGAUCCUCGCUCGAGAAGAAGGAAUCGCUGAGAGGCCCGUAUUAUUAGAGUCAUGGAAGGGUGAAAAAAUGCCUGGCGGAUUUUCAGUCCCUGCCGAUCAGCAAGAUGACGAUCCUUCCUGUGUAAGGAACCCAAGCGAUGCAACCGGCGCCCAGCAGUCUGGCUCCACCACCCCAAGUAUUUUUUCCGGCCAACACGUCUCUGGAACUACAAGCCUAACACAAGGGGGCAAACGUAGCUUUACUCUGUACCCAGAUGCGGGACCAACUCAUGUCCAGAUCGAGUCUCUUGCCCUAUCCCUAGACUAUCCUGGCAAAGCCGAUACAAACGUAAAAUCCAGUAAAGCGGCCGUGGUUGCAGAAGUGGAAUGGCUACCAGACGUUACAUUACAUCCACCACGCUGA